AUGGAUUUCACUAGAAAGCUCCAAACAGGUGAACAGCUUCAAGAAGAUACUUGCUCACCACCAACCGUACUGCUCCUGAUGGCACAGUGCCCCAAAAAUGAAUACUUUGAUAAUUUGCUGCUCUCUUGUACUCCUUGUCACCUGCGGUGUUCCAGCGCACCCCCGCCCUCCUGUGAAAACUACUGUGAGAAGAGUACCGAUUCGAGUGGAAUCCUUUGGAUUUGUUUGGGCACAGGGUUGAUUUUAAUACUCACUCUGUUUACCUUAAUGGUCUUGUUUAAAUGGAAGCACCUAAAGCAACAAAAACUGCAAAACACAGACUCCUCUGUGGAGCCAAACAACGUUCUCAAGGCUAAUACUGAAAGCAGUGUGAACACAGAAGAAAUCAGACACACACCUCCAAGUGAAACAUUAAUGUAUUCAGUGGAAGAAUGCACUUGCAGUGACUGUAGCUUGGUGAAACCUCAGACUGGCUGUGAAACUUCAUUUCCAUUACCAGCUACUGAAGAACGAGCUACUGUUCUAGUUACUACCAAAUCUUUUGAUUAUUGCAACUAUGUUCUGGGUGUUGGAUGACUGGGAGAGAAGUGUAUUUGUACUGAGUAAUAAUAAAUGAGUUAUUCCAGUAUAGCUGUAAACCUUAAUACUUGCAGUCAGUGGAGAAUGAAGAGUAUUUGCAUCAUCCUUGGAGAUCUCCCAUUGUGUUUGCAUUAA